AGUCCCGAGCCAUGAUCCGCGCGCGCGGGGUGUCGGUGCAGGGCUGAAGCUGCGCUGCUCGUGCCUCUGUGUUCCCGCCGGAGCGCAGCAUGCCUGGCCUCGAGCUCUGGCUGGUCGUGGCCGUGUGUCUGCUGCGCGUGCAGGAGUGCCGGAGUUACAGCGCGGCGGCAGCGCGGGAGAAGCGCUGGACCGGAGCUGAAGCCGAGAAGCGGGGAGUCCCUCUGGCGAAGAAGCCCCCAGAUGUGACCAAAUCCAGGAAGGUGAAAACAGAGCAGCUACUCAGAGUGGACGAUCAUGACUUCACCAUGAGACCAGCUUUUGGAGGUCCUGCUAUUCCUGUGGGCGUCGACGUCCAGGUUGAAAGCUUGGACAGUAUUUCAGAAGUAGAUAUGGACUUCACCAUGACCUUAUACCUUAGACACUACUGGAAGGACGAGCGCCUGACCUUCGCCAGCACCACGAACAAAAGUAUGACUUUCGACGGACGCUUGGUGAAAAAGAUCUGGGUGCCCGACGUGUUUUUCGUGCACUCCAAGAGAUCUUUCAUCCACGACACCACCACUGAGAACAUCAUGCUGAGAGUUUUCCCCGACGGCCAUGUUCUCUACAGUCUGAGGGUGACGGUUACCGCCGCCUGCAACAUGGACUUCAGCCGCUUUCCUCUGGACUCGCAGACCUGUUCUUUAGAGCUCGAGAGCUAUGCUUACACGGAUGAAGAUCUGAUGCUGUACUGGAAGAACGGCGAUGAGUCUCUGAGCACAGACGACAGGAUCUCCCUCUCUCAGUUCCUCAUCCAGAAGUUCCACACUACCUCUCGCCUGGCUUUCUACAGCAGCACAGGCUGGUACAAUCGGCUGUACAUCAACUUCACCCUGCGGCGUCACAUCUUCUUCUUCCUGCUGCAGACCUAUUUUCCAGCCACGCUCAUGGUCAUGCUGUCCUGGGUUUCGUUCUGGAUCGAUCGCAGAGCCGUGCCAGCCCGAGUCUCCCUGGGUAUCACCACGGUGCUCACUAUGUCCACCAUCAUCACCGGUGUGAACGCCUCCAUGCCCCGAGUGUCCUACAUCAAGGCUGUGGACAUUUAUCUGUGGGUCAGCUUUGUGUUCGUUUUUCUCUCCGUCCUCGAGUACGCGGCAGUCAACUAUCUUUCCACUGUACAGGACAGGAGGGAGCGCAAACUCCGAGAGCGAGUCCGAGCACAGUCGUUGUCCUGCACGUGUGGCUUGUCCCACACCAGGACCAUGAUGCUGGACGGGACGUGCAGCGAGGCCGACACCAACAGCCUGGCCGGCUACACCGACGCUCCCAUGAUGCCUCAGGAAAUGGAGAAACGUGAGCACAUGGUUGUGCACCUGUCGGUCAGCAACGCCUCCGCGGCCACCAAGAAGAAAGGCCUGCGCAACUUCAGCAUAGUCCAGAACACGCAUGUCAUCGACAAGUACUCGCGCAUGAUCUUUCCAGGAUCCUACAUCUUUUUCAACCUCAUAUACUGGUCUGUGUAUUGCUGAUGUGAAGACGUAUCUGGGACAU